UUGCAUCAUACCCACAAGCAUGAGUAGUCGACUGCUUCUCCAGCUAUUGCGCAUCCGAUUCAGUCGCCAUCUAAGGCAAUUGCGGAACUCUUGCGCCCGCCACCGAUGAUGAAACCGUUCGCCUUGAUUGGACACCCAUUCCCUCGCAAUUAGCCGACUGCUUCCAUUCACCGGCUGGAGGCGGUUCACUGAUUUGUUUAAUGGCGCUGCGGUUUAUAUAUAGCUGCAAGCCCAUCGCCUGAUCGGAUCGGUGGACCCGUGCCAAGUCAGGCGACCACCCGCCGCCGCUUCCUAUUUGCUUGCUCCUCAAUUUGCGGCAAUUGAAGAUGAGCAAUGAAUCCGGGCCUAGAGCCGCCACCAAGUCGUGUGCCUCGCCAGCCUCCGGACUCAAUUGUAUUGAUUCGCCACCAGUUGCCGCCAAUUUAUUCUCAUCGCCGCUAGUGCGCAGUUGGCGGGCAUCUCUCCAUCAGAGUCUCGUAGUCAGAACUCAAUCCUCGACAGAGUAGACUGGUGUGUUCUAUGCCGGCUCCGUCUCAAUUUAUAUAAUCAGUCGUCCGGCUGAAAGCCCCUCGAGCGGACCACUUGUGUUGUACUUAGAGCCGUGUAUAUAUUUUCUUUUGUAAGCAAUGGACAAAAUGCCCGAAGAGGACGAGGUCUCCCCGGUGUCCACGGCUCCUGCGACGCCUACCUCUCCGCUGGAGUUCAAGAUGCUGCCGCUGUUUAUGGAUUUCGAGGAUUUUAAUAUUUGCCAGCCAGCUCCUUUUUCCUACGACGACAAGGCCAUGCUGGAGCUGGAGCGGUGUGACUACACCCAGAGGAUCACCUACCAGAUGGCCAGAGCCGGAAAGACGUCUCGUAGGGUGCGGGUGUAUUCCGAUGGCAUCUACGAUCUGUUCCACCAGGGUCAUGCCCGCCAGCUGAUGCAGGCGAAGAACAUAUUUCCCAACGUCUAUCUCAUCGUGGGCGUGUGCAAUGAUGAGCUGACCCUUAGGAUGAAGGGCCGCACGGUGAUGAACGGAUUCGAGCGGUACGAGGCCGUGCGACAUUGUCGCUAUGUGGAUGAGAUCGUUCCGAAUGCUCCUUGGUCGAUAAAUGAAGAGUACCUCAACGAGCACAAGAUCGAUUUCGUGGCUCACGAUGACUUGCCCUACGGCGCUGGCGGAGUCAAUGACAUCUAUGCUCCUCUCAAGGCGAAGGGAAUGUUCGUGGUCACGGAGAGAACAGAGGGUGUGUCCACCUCGGACAUUGUGGCCCGCAUCGUGAAGGACUACGAUGUGUAUGUGCGCAGGAAUCUAGCCAGAGGCUACUCGGCCAAGGAGCUGAACGUGUCCUUUCUCUCCGAGAAGAAGUUCCGCUUGCAGAACAAGAUGGACGAGCUGAAGACACGGGGCAAGCGGGAACUAACCAAAGUCAAGGUGGACAUCAUUACAAAGUGGGAGGAGAAGUCGCGCGAGUUCAUUGAUGCCUUCCUGCUGCUGUUUGGAAAGGAGCGGCUCAACAACCUGUGGAACGAGUCCAAGGGCCGGAUCAUACAGGCCCUCAGUCCGCCGGGCAGUCCAAAUGGGUCCAUCAACGGUGACGAUGCGGACCCAACAGAUGGCGAAGGGUCCGAGGACGAGUACAUGGAGCUGCCGCCCGAAUACGGAGCGGGAAGUGGGGGAUCCCUCAACAGAAAACAUAAGCGCCGCGGCCAGAUGAAUCCUUCUCCAAGUGCCAACGACGAGGCGGAAGCCGAAGAUCCAGAUCUCGAGUACGAGCGUCGCAGCGAUUGACGACGGAUUAGGCCAGCCUUUAAAUUUCCCCUCUUUCUCUAUCCUUUCAAAUGUAAAUUAAUUCGUUUGUAAUUCGUUGGAACAACGCAAUACUGGCACGUCAUUUCUACCCUUCCACUGGGAGCUACGAAAAAAACAAUCAGGGGUCAAUUGAAUGUCAACACACAAUUACCAGUUUAAAAUACAUUCAUAACACUACGAUUUGACAAAGGAAAAA